AUCAGGUGGCAAGGGUUGCGGUCACAUAAUAGGCCUACUAAAGCACACACAGACCUCCACGUUGUCACGCUCUUUCUAUUCCGUCUCUCGUGGAAGGAACAAGCACACCAUUCCGCCCGCUCCCUUUUCAAUCCUAAAAAAAAAUGGACGCUGCUUCUGCAAGGGAAUAUUUCUGGGGUUGUACUCUGACUGAAGAAAAACCAUCCGCAGAAUGGACGUUCGAAGAAGAAGAUGAAGACCGAGACUUCUUUUCACACACAUUAUUCCUAAAAAGUGCCGUCCUAGGUGCUGGUGCCAAAACAGGGGACGUGAAUCUCAUCGAAGUGGAGACGAAGAAUUUUAAAGACACGGAAAUAAAACAACCCAUAGCAUCACUGACGGCAGGACAAAACAAUAUGUGCCUACUCGAUAUCAGUUUCGACCAUCGGGUGCCAGUUAAGUUCACUUUAAAAACUGGAGCAGGACCAGUGUCAAUUGCUGCACAGCAUUUAGUAGAGUUCCCGGAUGAGAGCGAUGAGUUCGGCGCCGACGAGACGGGUACGGAGCAGGAGGACACGGAAGUUGACGAGGAGGAGGUUGCGGCGCUGGAAUCCUCCAAGAAACGAAAAGCUUCCCAAGCACUUAAGAAUGGAGUGAAGUCCAAGCGUGGCAAGAUGGAGGAUGACAAAGACGAAUCGAUGGAGGCGGACGAGGAUGAUGAAGAGGACGAAGAAGAUGACGAAGAGGAUAUGAGUGAGGAUGAUGAGGAUAUGUCAGAGUAUGACGAAGAAGAGGUGGAAUCGAGUCCAGAUGUCAAAAGGUCAACCAUGUAUAUCACCAUCACUGUCGAGCCAGCUAAACGUGAUAUUUCUUUUUCGUCCAUUUGCAGGAAGGCGAAGAAGGGAAAGAACGUUAAGAAUGGUCCGACGAAGGCUGUCAAAGGAAAAAAGAAUGAAGCGACGAAGAAGGGCAAGGCAAGCCCCGCCGUAAAGAAAGGUGGCAAGAAGCUGAAGGGAAAGUAAACCAAGAAAAGCAAGGGAGUUACGUCCAGUCUCCAUGGAAGGACAACAAUUGGAAGCUUAUCUUUAGUGAUAUGGAAUCGAUUGAAACAAUGAACUAUUAAUUUUGAACAGAAGAAUUCCACUAGCUGACAGGGCUCGGUGAAUCAAAACAACUUGAUCACAAAGUAGGCGUUAUCUUGAACUUGCAAUUACCCAACUGCAUUACGAUGCUCCUCUAUUUCUCUGUGUAGCAAAUUCAGUCUGAAUGUUGUGAAGUUUAGAAUUUCGUUUGAAUUAAAAAGUUGACAAAAAUCCCAACUGUGUGGAUUGAAAAGUCGGAAACAAAUCCAAACUGCAUGAAAAUGUGCUUUUCUUAUGUGCAUGUUUGUGCUCUAGUUCUUGGAUCUAAAUAAACUGUUUUUGAAGUUGAAAAUGAUUUUGUU